AUGAAAGACGCUUUGUGAUAUCUCGCGGGGCCAUACGGACUACUACUACACUGCAGGGAAAUAUUGUUUGAAUAAUUAAUAGAAAGAAAGAGCUUUAAUGGGAAAAAUGUAAAUGUUUGGACUUUUAGCAGCGUGAAUGUAAAACUGUGGGAGUUUUGCAGAAGUUUUCAACGCUGGAAAAGGAUGACAACAACACAAUAGUGUUGGCAAUCUGCAAGAGUUUCACAACAAACAUGAGGAUACAGGGACAGCCUGAGGGUGCAAGGAGGCGCCUGGAUUUGAAUGCAGUCGGUGAGCUCAGGGGUGUUGAGGUCAUCCGUGGUCGGGCAGGAUAUGGCUUUACUAUUUCAGGACAGCAGCCAUGUUUGUUGAGUGGCAUCCUGGAAGGAAGUCCUGCUGACCUGGUGGGACUCAAACAAGGGGAUCGCAUCAUGGCCAUCAAUGGAACAGACGUGUCCACCGCUUUGCAUGAGAAUGUGGUGCAGUUGAUUGGCAGCUGCAAAGGGCCUUUGCGGUUAGUGGUGCAUGCUGAAGGCCGAAUCAUGGAGAACCCCAUCCUUAAUGAUGAAAAAUUUGGGAUUGGACAGAAAAAGCGUCUUUUUCAAAAGGCAGGUGUUCUUCGCACCAUCUCGCACGAUUCAAACAAUUCCUCCUUCAACUCAAGUCAUGCAUUCACCUCCAAACAGAGGCCGGUGUCAGAACCUGACAUGUCGCAGUGGUCACAACAAUGGAGCGCUUUAGCUGAGCAGCCAAAGGAGGAAAAUUCCAGACUGGGGGACACAGACUCUGUUUUUACAGACACAGAAGAAGUGAAUUCAGACUGGAGUAUUUUAAACAUGACCUUGGUAGUGGGCUACCUGAGCUCUACAGAGCUGAUUUUAAACACUACAGAAUCAGAGGAGGACUGUUUGAAAGCCAUUCGUGAGCGAAUACGUCAGUUGGGUACAGAGCAGGAUACCCAUACUCUGGUGAUGAUGAAGAUCAUGUUUGACUGCAUCAGACUUUGUGAUGAAGCAGGAGCUGUUUUGGCAGCCUUCCCUACUGAAAACCUGGUUUUAGGGGCUGUGUGUGCUGAAGACCCACGUUUUUUUUGCCUGGUCACUACAGCACAUAUAAUCAAUGGCCGUGUCCCAGAGGAUGGUCCUUUAAGGGCCUCCUGCCAUGUUUUCUUCAUCGACCCAGAGCUGGGAAACCAUGAGGACCACAUAGGGAUUGCUGGGCGCUUUGGCUUCGACUGCACUCCAGAUCCAGAUGCUUUGGGCUGUCUGGAAUUCCCUCAGACUCCGCCAGAUGUCCUUCAUUUUGUCACAGUCCUAUACAGUGACUUGGGAGAAGCCGUAGAGAGGCUUAGAGUCAGACUGGACACGGAGGCUCAGCAACAAGCCAAGGAGAACGGCAGCACUGGCAAGCAAGGCAGUGCCAGCAGUAAUGGGGACAGUGGAAUUGGCAAUGCUUCCCCCCCUGAGGAGAGAGCGGACAGGGAUUUCCCUUCUGCAAUCCAAAACCACCCUGGGGCCCACCUCCCCAGCUGUCCAUGGGAUUAUCCUCCGGCUGAAGACCUCACCCCAAUAAAUCUCUCCAAGAAUGGCCAAAAAUGUAAUCCAGAGAACAGUGCCAGCACAAAUUCCCUUUCAGAGUCACUACCUGGCCCUGAUUCUCUGACUAGCUUUUAUGGAGGUCCACCACCCAGGCUCAAGUUCCAGUUUAAGCCCCCACCACCACCUUCUCUUCCUUUGGGUAAAAAAACUAACAUCUUGGGAGACCCUCUCAGAGGUAGCCAAAGGUGGUUCUCUAAGCCAAAGUGGCCUAAAACCCUCAAUGGGGAUCCAGAGCCUCAGGUGACAUCCAACAGCAACUGGUCUUCCAGUGUUAGCCUUAGCACCAGCACAAAUAACCUGCCUCCCCCCAUGAGCCAGAUUCCCUCAGACAGGUAUCAGUCAGCAGAGAUCAUGAUGCUGCCUCCCAGAGAAGAAUGGACCAAAAGAUUUCUUGAACAGAGAGAGAAACAGCGGAAGGAUGGUAGUACCAAAAAUGGCUCCAGGUUUUGGGGUAAGGGUGUUCUACGUACCUCCAAACGCCGCUCAGUUAAACGCCUCAGCCUGGCACGAUCACUGGAUGACCUUGAGUCUGCUGCUUCCUCAGAUGGUGAUUAUAGUGGAGUCCAGUUGCAGGGAUGCUGCAGCCAGAGCAGCCUGAACAGUAAUGGCAGUCUUCCAGGAGCAGGAAGCCAUCGAGGGGUUCCAGAGCAGCGUGUGGCUAGCUGGGCCGCCUGCUUCGAGCGUCUCCUUCAGGAUCCAGUGGGCGUACGCUACUUUUCGGAAUUUCUCAAGAAAGAAUUCAGUGAGGAGAAUAUCUUGUUCUGGCAGGCCUGUGAAUACUUCAGUCAUGUCCCUGCAACUGAUAAAAAGCAGCUGUCCCAGAGAGCUGGAGAGAUCUACAACAGCUUCCUGUCCAGCAAGGCCACCAUGCCGGUCAACAUCGACAGUCAAGCCCAGCUGGCUGAUGACGUCCUCACGUCCCCACGGCCCGACAUGUUCAAGACGCAACAGCUACAGAUCUUCAACCUGAUGAAGUUUGACAGCUACUCACGAUUCCUCAAGUCCUCGCUCUACCAGGAGUGUAUGCACGCUGAAGUGGAAGGCCGACCCUUGCCGGACCCCUACCAGAUCCCCUGCAGUCCUGCGCCGUCUAAACACAGUGCCAGCUCCGACCGCUCCACCCUUUCCACUCCGAAAAAGGAGCCUAGAAAACAGAGGUCAGGGAGGUCACUCAAUGAGGACAGCAAAGAUGAGAGCGCUGAUAAAAAACGCGGGAUGUUCUUCUCAUGGUCCCGCAACAGGAGCUUUGGGAAGGGGCCAAAAAAGAAGGAAAUUGGAGACAUUAACCUCGACUACUGGGGUAGUAAUGGGCGAAGGGAGUCCCAGGGCUCCUUGUCAUCCGGUACCAGUCUGGAGAUGGCCACUUCCUGCUCUACUGGCAAGAUUGAUUCUGAUAACCGCCACUCAGUCGGAGUUUGGGAACGCUCCCCUAAACACUGCAGUGUGAUGCUGCCCGACGGCUCGUGCUCCUCUGUCACGCUUCGGCCCGGUGCUUCCAUUAGAGAAGUCCUCCAGGUUCUCUGUCACAACAUAAGCGUCAACAUCGCCGCCGUCGACCUCUUCCUGGUGGGAGGGGAGAAGCCUUUAGUGUUGGACCAAGACUGCUUGACCCUCAGCUCACGAGACUUGAGGCUGGAGAAGAGGACUUUGUUUAGAUUGGACCUGGUACCCAUUAAUCGCUCUGUGGGGCUGAAAGCCAAACCUACCAAACCAGUCACUGAAGUCCUUCGUCCCGUUGUGGCCAAAUAUGGCCUCCACCUCAGCGAUCUUGUGGCCAAAAUAAGUGGACAAACUGAGCCUUUGGAUUUGGGCGCCCCCAUAUCGAGCUUAGAUGGCCUGCGGGUCGUCUUGGAGCGAGUGGACCCAGCCUCAGGGAAAGACAAAUCCAAGUCUUCCUCCCUAAAAAGCCAUCCUCCAACCAGGAGUCUUUCUGCAACAGGAGAUGAGAGGUCAACACCAAAGGACUUUUCUGUGAGAGCAAGUGGACCAGACUCUGCACUCCCAGGGGAAAAGAGAAAACAGAAAAAGAUUAAUAUAGAUGAAGCUGAAGAAUUCUUUGAGCUGCUGAGCCGGGCGCAGAGCACCCGAGCCAACGACCAGCGCGGGCUCCUGAGCAAAGAAGACCUGGUGCUUCCCGACUUCCUGCGUCUGGCUCCCUCCACCUCCUCUUGCUCCGUCUCCUCUGACCUGGCCUGCUCCACUCCUGACUCGCUGAAGCGAAGCAAUGGCGUCUCCUCGCGCGGGCCCCUCACCUCCAGCCUUCGAUCGGAGAGCCUGGACUCCUCCCUCAGCUCCAGCGCCAAUGGACACUCCGCGGCCAGGCGGUGCAUGCUGCCCCCUCCUCGCCACGCGCCUUUCGGCACCCACCUGUCCCCCAUCCCCCGGCCCUCAGACACCCGGCCAAGCCUCCGCACCGUGGAGGAGGACUCCCACAGCGACCUGACCCUUGUCGGGGAGGGCGACAUCAACAGCCCCAACAGCACCCUGCUGCCCGCAUCUCCAUCCCCUAUGCCGUCCUUCGAGGGCAGCCUGCCCGAGGCCAACUUCACCCCACCACCACCCUUGUCCCACCCUCAAGACGCAGGUGGAGAGGGAAAGUCCAGUUCAGGUAUUUCUACAGUGUAAUAAACCAGUGCUCCGUGUGUUUGCGUGUGUGUCGUAUGUGCAUGUGUGCGCUCUCUCCGGUGGUCUAAACCAGACCACCUUCAUGAUUAAACUCUACACUGACUCUGAUGCACUUUAAUGACAAAUUGAUAUUGACUCUUUCUCAGUUUGCCAAUCAUUUAAACUGAUUUGUUUUAAUAAACAUAGCAAAGCAUGUGUGUGAUUGACUGAUUACACUCAGAUCAAGUUGUAAAUAGUGAUGUGUAUAUUUUGUUUAGUGAGUAACGUUUACUUGGAUGUCACUUCCCAUGCCACAAAUUGUUGGGUUGGCCACAUGACUGGGAUCAGUUUAUUCCAGUUAAAUAUUUAGAGUUUAUUUUGUAGUUUUGGGUGCAUGAGAAUGCAGAUGUAACUGAUUGCAGAGCUUAUGAAUAUAAAUAAUAUAUAUGCAUAAUGCAUAUGGAUUAACAAUCAAUAUUUGACAGUACUGUAGUCAGUAAAUGUACUGAUGAUUAUAAUUCAGAGCAACUGAGCGAUUGAAAGUGAUGAGAUUAGCAGCUUGUGUUUCCUGGCAUUAUGGGUUCAUCAUGUACAAUUAGAAAAACAUCGUAGCAAACCAGAAACAUGAAAUUGUCAGUCAUUACAAAACAAAUGCUGUGUUCCUCUCCAUCCCACCACCUCUAGUUAAGUGCAAUUCAACAAUGUCAAUGUCAAAACGCAAUUUGUAUUUUUUUUUCUUACGCAACUCUCUAAAACCAGUGAGUCACUAAAAUGGUGUCAGCUCCUACUGUUGCAAUUUGAGCAACGAUAAAAAAAAAAAAAAGAAUUAGUCAUUGGAGGACAAGUGCUGCUUAGCGCCGGUGGUGACAUUGUUGAAUUGCCUGUCAUUCUUUAUCUGGGUCAUUCAAUCCCUCUCCAGAUGCCUGAUGUAGAUAAUCACUACCAAUAAACUCUGUACCUGUGAUUCAGUAGAUCUAAUAAAUGUUAGAAUUGGAAA